AUGCUGAAGAAUUUGAUCAUAGCAGCUUUGAUAGUCGUCUCUGUUGUUGGUGAACGCCAUCCAGAUUGUACAUCCGAACAUGCCGUCCUGACAAUGCUGAAUUGUACAUCGACUCUCCUCGACAUGAUCGAAAUAGCCAAAGCUCACCCGAAAGAUUUCGAAUCACUAAAAGCCUAUCUGGAGUGUUGUGAACAUUUCAUGACAUGUGAUCAAUCAUACAAAUGUCAAAACAACACAAAAUAUGAAGAAGAUUUGAGAAAUCACGAAACGAAGUGCAUAGACAACCUGCAUAUUCUGGAAGAAUUCCAUGAUUGUGAAAGAAAACUGAAGAUUUCGAAUACAACUUGCUAUCAAAACUACAAUCCGUUCAAAGGAAACGAUAUUAUACUGAAGAUGGCAAAAAAAGAAAAAGAAAGCUGUGACACGUUUUUCGGAGAAGACGACUGUAUGAUAAAGGAGACGAUAGAGAAAUGUGGAAAGACACAAGCACAAAGAUAUCAAAAGGAACUACGAAUUAUAGCUGAAGCCCUUGCGAUUUGCGACAUCACAAAGAAGAAAACAGUUUGA